ACGCACCAUGCGAUGCAAGCUGGGGCCAAGCAAAGAGGGGCGAACAGCUUCUUUUUUCUCCGCCGAGGUUCUCCUUCUUCCAUUCUUUUCUUGUCAAGAAACACAAGAUGAGCGCUGCAGCAGAAGUUACACAGGACGAGAGUGUCCCCUCGCAGGACAUGCUGGCCCCGACGCACUGGGAGAACACUGAAGCUACAGAUAACUCGGAUUCCGACUCUGCGCUAGGCGACGACGCUGCUAGUUCUACCGCCAGUAUCAACUCCAGCAUUCUCGAGUACCGAACCAUCAACGGGCGGACAUACCACGCCGAGCGAGGCGAUGCCCAGUACUGGGCGUCCAACGACAACCAGGCCUCUGAGGCUCUGGACAUUAUCCAUCAUACUUCCACGUUGAUCAUGGACGGCAAGCUCUUCCUCGCUCCCGUCAAAGAGCCCAGCAAAGUCCUCGACAUCGGAACCGGCACUGGGAUUUGGGCCAUGGACUUUGGCGAUGAGUUCCCUGAGGCGGAGGUCAUCGGUACAGACAUCUCGCCCAUCCAGCCAACCUGGGUUCCCCCGAACGUCAAGUUCGAGAUCGAAGACUUCACCCUCGACUGGACGUUCCCUCCCAACUCCGCCGACUUCGUCCACCUCCGUUUCCUCUACGGCAGCGUGCCCGACUGGUACGCCUUGUACGAGCGCGCGUACCAAGUAACCAAGCCCGGCGGCUGGAUCGAAUCCCACGAAGGUGACCCCAUGGGCCGCAGCGACGACGACAGUCUCAAACCUGGUAGCGCCAUUGCAGAAUGGGGCAAGUUCUUCCACGAAGGCGGCAAAAAGCUCGGUCGCGUGUUCACCCCUCUUCCAGAUAAUCUGCAGGAGAAGGGUCUCAAGGCCGCUGGUUUCGUGGACAUCCAGUCCAAGACGAUCAAGGUUCCUGUUGGCGAUUGGCCGCAAGAUGAGCGACUCAAGGAGAUUGGAAGGUUCACAACAAUGAGCAUUCUAUCCGAUGUAGAGGGACACAUCUCGUUCAUGGCUACGCUUCUUGAGGGAUGGACUCAGGAACAGGUCCAUCUGUACUGUGCCCAGCUGAGGAGGGAGUUGAAGUCCAAGAAGCCGGCGCACGCUUACUACUUGCAACGUAUUGUUUGGGGACGCAAGCCAGCCGAGGGUGAGACUACAGCGACAGAGUAGUUGAUCAAUGAUGUUCAUUAGACGUAAGUAGCGUAACAAUACUUUUCCCCGGUCCAGCCGUUCAUGUAUCCAAUUUGUUUGUACCCGAAACCUUGUGCUCCAUUCAGAUCUUGACUUCUUCCGUCGGUUCGACGUCGUACUCUAUCUCGGUUCGGAUGACGUAUUUCGCUCCCUUUCGCACACCGGUGCCUUCAUGCAAUGUCGCGUUGAUCUCACCAUGAGGGAAGAUAGCCGCGCCGCCCAUUACUGGACGAACAGGGUAUGCAUUCAGGAUUCCUUCUCGCGCAGCCGGGAGGAAAUAUGUGGUUUCGCCGCCCUCAAAGUCUUGAUUGAGGUAGAUCAGGAACGUAAACAGCGAGCUCUGCUUCUUCUCGUCCGGCGAGUCGUCAUAUACGUAUUUAUCUUCCUUCGUAAUGCCGCUCGGGGGCCACGCGCCGUCGAUGUGUGCUCGAUACUCUGCUCCUGGGACACUGUGAUACGUUAGUGGUGGGGUUGACAUCAGAGGUCUGGGAACCUACUAGCGAUACACUCGGAAGCGGCGGUUGAUGCCACGAGCCAAGCGCCCGUUCAUUGACACGGGCACGAAAGGUUGAAUGCGCGACCAUAGCGUGUCGUGAAAGGUCUUAUCGACAACCCAGUAAAAGUUGUGCGCUAGAAUGCUGAUGUCGCCAUCUUCCCGAAGCGGUGCGUCAGGUACGAAAUUGACGUAUUCACCCGCGGCUAUAAUAGCUUUGCACUCUUCGGGGUAGAGAACAUUCGUGGCCACGCUGAGGCCCUGGACGACAGGAUGUGGUCGAUGUGCCGUCGGCGGCGGCGUUGUCGACAGAGGAACAGCCUCGGGUGUCGAAGCGUAAAGGAUGGCGUCGUGAUGGUUCGGCGGCUUGCGCUCGGGGCCGGGUGUUGUCUCGAUGAUGCGAAUGUUCUUCUUGAGAGACUCGGGCGCCGAAGCAACGAGACUGCCAUCGAGGACCGAGGCAUAGACUUGCUCGGUUGAAGUAUCGGGACGAAGAUCCCAAAUCUCCUGGAGUGCGAUUGAUGAAGGCUGGAUGAUCGCAUUUGGGUUUCGGUCUUCAUGGCCGCAAACUCGAAGCACCGCAUCAAUCACCUUGAUGAGUGUCUCUUCCCUCUCUGAGCGCUUGACAAGCCCUUGCUGAUCGGGAAUCGUCGACAGACCACUGAUUACAUCAAGAUCUCGAACCCAUCGACAAAGAGCACCGAGCUUGGGCUGCUCGCCACGAAUCUUCAUCUCUGCAAGCAGAAUUCGGGCUUCGGUAUAUUUCCGAUCGGCAAGAGCAGCAGUGACCUGCGCCGUGAGGUUCGCACCAGCAGCAUUAUUGACGCCAGUCGUGCAAGCUUGUCUGAAGUCGUAAACAGCAACUCUCAAGUCCUUGCACAGCUUUGACUUGAUCAAGCCAGGGUACUGGGCGAGCGAAUUGAGUGUGUCGAUGGUAAUCUCGAGCUCUUCUUCGGACACAACGGUAUGGAGGUUCUUGGGCUCGAAGUGCGUGGUCGUGCCAUCGGGAGGAGGCGUCGGGAUCGAAGGGGAAGUGGUCUUUGCGACCUUCCGAGGGUUUUCGGAUUGGACUUGAGCUUGCGCUUGUUUGCGCUUCUUGGACUUUGUCUUGGCCAUGAUGGUUCGAUAAUGGAUAGGAAGAGUUGGCG